AGAACGUUCAUCGCUGUUCGACGUUGCUCCUAGCUCGAUAAACUAAAUUUCAACAAUCCUCGAAUUAUACUAAAUUAAUUAAAAGUACAAGUAAAGCCAAAGAUGAUAACGACUUCUCUGCUCUUCGGCGUUCUCCUGGCCUUUUCGACAUCAGCUGAAGAGGCGCAGGAACCGAAAAUCGUGGGAGGUUCGGAUGCCGAAGACGGAGCAUAUCCCUACCAAGUUUCCCUUCGACUGAAAAAUCGCCAUUUUUGCGGUGGGUCCAUUUUAAACGAACGGUGGAUUUUGACUGCAGCGCAUUGUCUAUCAGGGUUCAAUGAAUCGAAGAUCUCAGUCGUGGUUGGGACCAAUACAUUGGACGAGGGCGGCGACGUUUAUAAAGUCCAGAAAAUCAUAGGACACCCGAAAUACAGUUCACUGUUAAUCAGAAACGACAUUGGACUGAUACAAGUGGACACGCCGAUUGUUUUUGGCGACAAAGUGAAGCCCGUACAACUUCCCACGGAGAACUUCAAGAAAAACGAUUACCCCGCCAUCUUGUCGGGAUGGGGAACAACCUCCUAUCCAGGAGAUGUGCCGAACAAAUUGCAGCACAUAACUCUGAGUGUGAUCGACCAGCGUGAAUGUUUAAACACGUCCCUUCGAGUGACAGACGACAAUAUCUGCACUCUGAACAAAAAAGGCGAAGGUGCUUGUCACGGCGAUUCUGGAGGUCCUCUCGUGGCAGAUGGUGUUCAAAUCGGAGUCGUUUCCUGGGGAACACCGUGUGCGAAAGGUCGCCCCGAUGUGUUCACACGAGUGUUCAGUUACGUCGAUUGGAUAAAAAAUCAUCUGGAACAAUAAAGAAAAUUUCCGACACCGAGUGGAGGACCCAGGCUCCGAUUCUUCGUAUCUUGAAGAGAUACAAUCUCGCUCGCAAAAUGCAAUCGAGAAUUCCCAGAUUAUCAGCCAAGGAUGCAGAUUAAGCUAAUCGCUGGAUCUGACACAGUUAAAAUA